AUGGCUCCCAGAUCCGCCGCCAAGAGCGGCAAGCUUAAGUCGCUAGGGCCCAAAACCACCAAGAAGACAGAUGGAGUGCCCGAAAUUGACCCAAAUUCGUCCUUCACUCCCAAGAGCUUCGAGGAAGAACUCAAAGCCCUCGCAGCCAAGGCCAAAGAUGAGACAUGGGCCAGGUUUGCAAAAGAGCAGGCGGCUGUCUAUCUCAAGUCGAUUGUCCUGCUCAGUCUCAUAGCCGUCUACUCCAACGUCUCUCAACUGGCCUUGUCGCCCGUCUACGGCUCAAUCCCCUCAGCCCAGUGGCACGCAAAACUGAUAAUGGCCGCCUGCUUUACCGGGUGGUCGUCCAACAUGCUGCUCAGCCGAGCGCUGCCCUUCAAGCUCGCCACCCUGCUGCCUGUCAUUGCCAUAUACAUUCCCACUGUCCAGUUCUUUCUCUACAAAGCCAGCGCACUCCUCACGGCGUACUGGGGGCCGCUGGUCACCGAAGCACUCACCCUGUUCCCGCUCAUGAGCAUAUCGGCAGCCUGUGUCGCCACCUAUCUGGACGAUGUCGACCUCUCUGCCCUGCCCUCGUGGCUCGCAGAUGCGGCCCCGGGGCUUGGAUCCUAUGGCUUCUUUAAGGCGGCGGAGAAGUUAUCAGGCAGCCUGCUGGCCCCCCAUGUUGGGAAGUCCUUCUUCAACACCAGGCUUGGGCUGGAGACAGUGCUGGCGGCAUCUUACGCGCUCCUCGCGCCCUCGCGCCUUUUACUUUUUACGGUUCCGGCCCUGCUGCACACGGCAUUUUUGAACCCUCACGUGCCGACGUCCAUGGCCCUGGCCUCGCUGAACAGCAGCCUCGCCUCGGAGGGGUGGAUGAUUUUAGAUAGACAGGAAUCUAUCACUGGAUAUAUCUCCGUCAUGGAGAGCUUGACGGAUGGGUUCCGCGUCAUGCGCUGCGACCAUAGCCUGCUGGGCGGCGAGUGGGUUAAAUAUAUCGGCCAGGGGCAGUUCAAAGGUAAUAAAGUUGCCGAGCCUAUUUACGGCGUGUUUGCCAUGUUGGAAGCCGUCAGGCUGGUCGAGACGCCACAUCCGACUCCUGACUACGAGGCCAAAGCCCUGGUCGUUGGGCUGGGAGUCGGCACUACCCCUGGCGCGUUGGUGGCGCACGGCGUCGACACAACCGUGGUCGAAAUCGACCCCGUGGUGUACAAACUUGCCGAAAAGUAUUUUCAGCUUCCCCAGAACCACACCGCCGUGAUCGAGGACGCGGUUAGCUAUGCAGCACGGCUCGCCAACGAAACCAGCAGCGUGGACAAUCGUUUCGACUACAUUAUACACGACGUGUUCACGGGUGGUGCCGAGCCCAUCCCGCUAUUUACGCUCGAGUUUCUGCAGAACCUCAACGCCCUGCUCAAGCCCGAGGGCGUCAUUGCUAUUAACUACGCUGGAGACUUUGCCCUCCCGCCGCCAAAAAUCGUGCUGCAGACGAUCCGGCGCGUAUUCCCGUCGUGCCGGCUCUACCGCGAGCACCCGCGCGGCGAGGACGACUUUGAGAAGUCGGGCCGCGACUUUACCAACAUGGUCAUCUUCUGCACCAAACUGACCCGAGCCAUUUCGUUCCGUGAGCCUACGGCGCGGGACUUGCUCAACAGCCCGUCGCGGGAGGCGUUUUUGAGCCCCCGGAACGAGGUCAAGGACACCGAUUUUGUCGCCGGCCAAGACGAGAGCAUCCUGACGAGAAACGACACGCAGAAGCUCACCAAGUGGCACGAGACGAGUGCCCUCGGCCACUGGACCGUCAUGCGCACCGUCCUGCCCCCGGUCGUCUGGGAGGCUUGGUGA